UCGUGCAAAGUAAAACAUCGUCGUAUAUUGCUAAUGCAAACAGAGGCUGAGCUUUGUGCGCGUGUACCGAUUUUUCUUUGUAAAUAUAGAUUUUCGAGGACGAUGCGCUGCUGCUGCUGCUCGGCGUGAAAAAUCGAGGGUCUCUCGGCGGCGCAUUUUUGGAACUGAGCGAGCUUGUUUCUUUGCAGAGGCACAGAAAAUUUUAUCGAUCUCAAAACCAUCCCCGUCGCCGCCAUGGACAAGAAGUCGCAAACCGUCAAAUCCGAGUCGAAAGAACCAAGUCCGACCCAAUUUCCGUCUUCGUUCCCAUCAACGAGAAAAAUCAAGGAGUUGAUGGCGCAGGCGGUGUCGGUGCCUACCGCCAAAAAGUCCGUAUCGGCCAGCUCCUCGGCCUUGCCGACGCUCACGGAGAAGCCCGACGUAAAAAUCAGCACCACCGCCGCCGCCGCCGCCGUCUCGCCGGUCGUUCGCGCGAGCGUCGCAUCAUCCGUCGUCUCCAAGGAGGACAUCGAUAACGACGCCCCGAUUAAAGACGUCGAAACGAAGUCUGCAGCGGCUGAGCAGAAAAACGUCUCGGAAAAACCGAAGAGAUUGCCGGUCAUCGAACCGACGCCGAGCAAACCGAUGGUCGAUCCGGCGGUGCCCCGCACGAGAGCGCCGCGACCGGCGCCGUCCUUCGCCGAGCGGCCGCUGGUGCUGGCGACGCAUCUCGUGCCGUCGCUGCCCGUCGGACUGUUCGAGGUCGUGGCCGAGGCGAUCGAGGCCGCCUGCAACAGGCCCUGCGUGAUCGUGCACGAGGCCAGACGAGAUCGGCCCGUGGCCAAGGAGGUCGUCGAUAUCGCUAUUUUACCCACUGACUCGUCGUGGGAGGACGGCCGAUUGUUGCCGAUCGGCUUCGUUUUCGAGCAUCGGCUCAACAAAGACUUUUCGCCGGCCGUCUACGCGGACGUCGUCGUCGCCACGGAUCGAGCGCCCCACGUCGAGGAAUUAUUAGAUCUGAGGGGUCACAGAUGCGCCCUGCCCGACAGAAGGUCCAGUCGCGGAGUCAGCGCCUUGCUCUUCAAUUAUCUGCGCCUCAAGGGCGAGGGACCCAGUUUUUUUGGAAAUACUUUGGAUGCCAGUUCUCACGUGUCGGCGCUUCAAAUGGUCGCCGGCAAGCAGGUCGAGGUGUGCGUGCUCGAGUCGCCGGUCAUCCGCUUCCAUCGCAAGACUCUGCCGGGCGUCUACUCGCUGCACAUACUGAGCAGUCUGGGGCCGCUGCCGCCUUACAAGAUAUUCGCGAAUAAAAGAAUGCCACCCGAGACGGUCAACAAAAUAGAAAAAUAUUUGCUGCAGAUACGUCAAGAUACAGAGUGGUUGGAAAAGUUUACCCCAUACAGCGUGCUCGGCUUUGCCGAGUACAGCAACAAGCUCGGUGAAAUACCAGAAAUAAAAUCUGUGCCUACCAGCGCUCCGUACUAUUAACAUGUUGUAAAAAAUA